GGUGAGAAGGGAAUAGGGUCCUUUCUGGGGGGGUUAUCUCAAACGUCCUCCCCCCAGUAUAAAUGUAUAUUUGUGUGUGUGUGUAAUAAUGAUCAGCUCUAUUGCCCUCCACUUUUUUUUAGUCAAAAGCUUUUUCCUGUUCCCCCCUUUUAUGAUGACACGCUCUUGCAAACAUUUGUGAGAAACUAUUUUUUUCUAAACCUCGGGAGUGAAAACAGUUGAGUUAGGUUGACCAAUGGGGUGCUUAAUAAAAGUAUUUCAUUUCUGUUUGCCGCUAGUUGAAGGGUAGAAUGUUGUGUCUGCAUUCUCUUUCCAAACUCAACUUUCCUUUUUUGGGUAUUUUUCUUUUUCAUUCCUGAGUGUCCCCUAAACAGAUCAAUGUUUUUUAUUGUUUAAUUUUUAGCUGAAGUUCUUUUCUUCUCCCUUCUCUGAAGUUUUGGGAAGCAGACUUGUAAAAGAGAAGGGAAAGAAUUUACUAAAAAUAGUAUGUUUUUGUGGCCAGGUGUUCUGAUUAGAUUUUUACAGGUUGGACAGCUUCCUAGUUAAACAUUUAAACUCCUUAUCUAAAGGUGAAAUCAUGCUGAAAACCAGAUUUUCUACAUAUGUUUCUGAAGAAGCACUUGUUUUGCUAAGAAAAGCCUCUCUUUAAAUUUAUUAACCCUAGUGUUAGGGUCAUACAGGUCUGUGUUCAUUCCUCUAGAAUUUGGAUGACAUUUUUUUCAGAAAAGUUGGGGAGGUAUGUACAUGUCAGUAUUUUUUCCUCUUGUUUUAUUUCCUUGACACAAAGGUUCUUGCUCAAUAAAAGAGCAAUACUUUGGAAAAUACUUAAGCUCUAGUGAGGAAGCAAGUUUCUUGGUAAAAGUAAGUUGCAUUAUCCGCUCAGCCGACCCAAGAAAAAUCUGUGUGAUUGGAAAGGUUUUAAAUCCUGCUUUUCAAAUCUUGGGUGAUGGGAGGAGUGGUGAAAAAGGAGGUUAAGUAGUGAUGGGUUGGAACCAGCUAUCUGACAGAUAUUAAAGCACAAUUGCAAAACUGGGGUUCCAUGACAAGAUGAAUCUGGUACUGAAGCCUUGUCAAGAAGGUUCUGAGGCCAUCCUCCAUGGGGAGUUUGGGUCCUAUCCCCCUAAGGGGAUCCGCUAUGCCCUCAGCCUCACCCGGACUGAACUGCAUAUCCAGCGCCUAGUACCCAAGCCGGACACUGAUCAACGGACUGUGAUACGGCUGAUAGAUGUGGUUGGUUGCCACACACUACGCAGUCAUACAGUAGCAAACCAGUCAGCAUUCUUCUGCAUCUUUGCCUAUCCACUGAAGAAAAAAAAGGUGGCCGUGGGCUCAGGACGUGCUCGGCAGCGGAUUGCAAAGACCUUUCAAGUGGACGGAGCAGAGCGCUACAAGGAAAACCAGGCUCUUGCCGAAAAAUGGGCAGCUGCCAUCAAGUGCCUAGUGUUGGGGAUUCCAAUUUCUAGUGAAACAGAGAUUAGCCGUAAUCUACUGCCACGUUCCCGCCGCCUGCUCCUCUUGCUCAACCCCUUUGGGGGCAAAGGUAACGCACUGCAGUGGUGUCAGAGUCACAUCCUUCCCAUGAUUACUGAGGCAGAUGUCAGCUUCAACUUGAUCCAAACAGAGAGACAGAACCACGCCCGGGAGCUGGUGCAGAGCAUCUGUUUAGAUGAAUGGGAUGGUAUUGUGGUCAUUUCAGGAGAUGGACUUCUUCAUGAGGUUAUUAAUGGUUUGAUGGAGCGUCCUGACUGGAAGGAAGCAGUUAAAAUGCCUCUUGGGAUUCUUCCCUGCGGAUCUGGGAAUGCCGUGGCAGCAGCUAUUAAUUGUAGUGCUGGGUUUGAACAGGUCUUGGGCCAGGAGCUGCUGACAAACUGUACCCUUCUGCUCUGCCAUGGGGCAGUUUCUCCCUUGGACCUAGUCUCCAUCACCACCGCAUCAGGCGCCCGUGUCUUCUCUUUCCUAAGUGUGGCCUGGGGCUUCAUUUCAGAUGUGGACAUCGAAAGUGAGAAAUACCGGCACAUGGGCCCAGCCCGAUUCACCUUGGGAACCAUGGUUCGCCUGGUUUCCCUCAACACUUACCGGGGCCGGCUCUCCUACCUUCCUGCUCUUGGUUGUGCAACUCAUCGGCCGAUUUUGCGCAGUAUCACCGUAGCCGCCGAUCGGAGGCUUCCCUUCCAGCACCUGCCCCUCCACCGCACAGUCUCUGAUAUGGGCCUUUGCGAGGAGCGCCAAGCCUUCUGCCAUCGUGAGAUGGAGUCAACUGAGGAGCCCACCCCCUCACCUAGCUCUCCACCUUCUUCUUCCAGCUUCCAAGCAUCCAACUUCAGUUUUGAAACCUUGUCAGAAGUGACAGUUGACAAGGAGUCCCAGCACACCGAUCUGCCCAAAGUUCUAUCAAACCGGUUGCCUUCUGCCCGGCAAAUGCAUGGCCCUCUGGAUGACUUUCUGGCCCCACUUGAACAACCGGUGCCCAAGUCCUGGGUGACGGUGGAGGACGAUUUUGUGCUGAUUUUGGCCAUUUAUCAGACUCACUUAGGGGCAGACCUCUUCACCAUGCCCAUCGCUGGCUUUAAUGAUGGUCUUAUCCAUCUUUGCUUUAUCAGGGCGGGUAUCUCCCGGGCAAGCAUGAUUCGCCUCUUCUUAGCUAUGGAGAAAGGCACUCAUUUUGAGCAUGACUGUCCUUAUUUUACACACCUGCCUGUCCGAGCUUUCCGCAUAGAACCUCUCACUCACAAGGGAAUCAUUACCAUUGAUGGGGAACGGGUGGAAUAUGGGCCCAUUCAGGGACAAAUCCAUCACGGGAUUGCCAACUUAGUUACUGGGAUCAACCAGUCUAAGCUGACUACCUUCUGAUGGAUUGUGUUAAUUGUCUUGCAGAGACUAACAGUUCUAAUUUGACUUCUGUUUCCUUUGAUCUGUUCUCCAGCCACUAGAGGGCAAGAUGCUUAAAAUGACUCAUUACCCUUCUAGGCAUUUGAGCACAUACAUCUUAUAUCCUAUUAAUGCAUCUAUAGAUUGUUUUGGCCAUUGCUUUCCAAGAGAUGCAGUAAUCUGAAGGAUGACUUCCUUCCUUCAACUCAUCGCCUAGACAGGCUGCCUCAAGAUUUUCCAUCACUCAGAAGCCCCUGGGCUCCAAGUCUCUUGGUUUGAGUGAGGUGGAACACAAAUGUAGUGCCCUCAUACAUAUUUUUAAUGUCUCAGUUAUUGACCUGAGGUUUCCAUAAUUCCACCUAGCAUUUCUUUCUGUCAUAAUUUUCCAACCCUAAAUUAGCUCUUCCUCUAGGGCUUAGAGGCAUCUUCCCAAUAGGGCUUAGAGUAAGGUGACCAACUUUUUUACAAUGAAAAGGAGGACACAAA